AUGAACAACUUCGACUGCCACCCGCGCGUUCUCUCGCUCUCCUCCGCCUCAACCCCAUCUUCUUCCAGCCCCGCAACACCCUUCUCGCAGUCUCGCCGCCAGUCCCACGAGUCAGCGCACGACGCCCACCACUUCGUCAACCAAGAAGAGAAGACACAGCACAAGCUCAACCUCAGCAUCAAGAAGAUGUGGGAAGGCGUCAAGAGGCACGCUGUCGAGCACCACAAGAGCGUCAACGCUGCGUACAUGGCUAGCUACGGAUGCGGUACUGCGACUGCGGUGAACACUACUGGCGGAAAGGCGUUGUAG